AUUAGAAUCACCUCCAAUCAGGAUUCACUGUGCACAUUUCGAAUGUCAACGGAGUGGAAGACGUCGCGGCUAGUUUGUUCUCAACCCAUGUUAUCAAUACGUAAAAUUGUAUUGAAUAAACACUGCUACUUCUCAAAACAAUAAGCUACGUUUUGUUACAGAGGUAGCUAGCUACCUACAUACAUCUCAAAACAUGGCUAGGGAGCGGGGGCAAAAGAAGUCUUUCCAGCAGAGUUUGGAAGAUAUUAAGGAGAAGAUGAAGGAGAAGAGAAACAAACGGCUGGCCAGUGCUUCUGCAACAAACAGAGGACGCUCCAAAAUUAUCAACAAAACCAGCGCGGGCAAUGUGAGGCAGGUCAUCCUGAAAGGCGUGCAGCUCAACAACAAGGCUCUGGCUUUGGCCCUGCAGGCGGAGAAGGAGAAGGUACGCCAGGCUCAAGGUGUCGUUCUGCAGCUGAAGAGGGAGCAGCAGGCCCUGUUCCUUCACCUGUUGUUGCUCAAGAGGAGGCUGAAGGAACAGGAAGCUCAGACCAAUGCCAAGCAGGUACUGGAUGAGCCUCCAAAGCCAGGAAGAGUGUUGAGCCCCACCAGCCUGGAUAAGCCUCUGCUCUAUGUGGAUCAAGUCCUCAGCUCAGAACCUCGGGCUACUGAAGGGGCGGGACAGGAUGACGUGGUCGUACAGCUGGCUUUGCCCCGCACCGUUGGCGUCAGGCGGAGACGGGGAGAGAGCAGGAGACGGUCUGAGCGCGUGCGGGAGCGCCGCUCCAUCGGCGAGGUGAACCCCGGCACGGCUCUGGAGGGUUCUCUGGAGGGCCCGGUGCAGGACCUGGCAGGAGCCCCAGCAGAGAGCCCAAUCCAAAGAGAGGGGAGGACCAAGAACCACACACAGGAAGUGGAAAUGGAGACGGCUGAACCGAUUGGCUCAGAGGAGUUUGAACACUCCACCCCAGAACCACCACCUCCUAAACCAAUCAGUCAACAGCCGCCUCGGAGGAGACAGGCGCAGCCUCCCCGUCCUAAACCUGAACCUGCAGCACGGAAGCCAGAGAGGGGGCGAAAGGCCGACCGCGCUCCUCUCAAGAAGCCCUGGGAGAACUCUAAACCCAGAGCGCGCUCCAAAAGCCGCGACAGGUCGGCCACGCGCUCCAAAGCCGGAGCUACGGCGGCGCCUGCACAACAGGGGGACAAACUGAACACAUCUCUUGGUUUUAAUGACACGUUCGACUUUGACUGUGAGGAGGCGGUGCACCUCACGCCCUUCAGGGGCAAAGCUGAGGAUGGCCAACCAGCCACGCCCAUCCAGGAAGACAUCAUAGAAAAGGGGCGGGGGCAGGCACUGGCUCCGCCUUGUUCUCCUCCAGAGUCCAGUUCCUCUUCGUCAGAGUCAGAGGAUAGCCCUUAUGUUCCUCAGAGGGGUGUCAGGAGACUGAACACGUGGGAGGAGCCGGUGGCCGCGCCUCUUCGCCGAGGGCGCCCCCCAAAAGCCAGCCGAGAGAAGGAGAACCUCUUCCCUAAAGCUGACAACGUACAACGUGUCGCCACUAGAGGAGAAGAAUCCAGUCCCAGACCUAUGGUGUCUGUGGAAGAACUGCAUCUCCCACAAUCCCCUGGGUGUGUCUUUGUUGACAGUCCUGGUCCAGUGGCAGAGGAGGCAGCAGAGAGCCAACCAGAACCCCAGAGAAAGGAAGAGAAGGCUCUACUUCCUGUCACCCCCGGUGUGGAAGCAGAGAUGAUGAGGAUCGACGACGUCCUGUCCACUUUCGGCGAUCCUCCUUCUCCGCCCCACGCCCUGCCCACAGUCAAGCCAUGCAGGCGAGGUGGGCUUGGUGUCAGGGCAGGGCGGGGCUUCAGUCUGUGUGAUAUCACCAAUGUGUCCCCCGCAGCAUAUCGCAAGUUCCCCUCCACCAGCUCCCGCCCCUCCACCAGCUCCCGCCCCUCUGACCGGUGCUCCACCCCAGUCCCCGCUCGCAAGCGCCGCUGCACCAUGACGGUCGACUACAAGGAGCCAUCGUUGACUGCGAAACUCAGACGAGGAGACAAGUUCACAGACACCAAGUUUUUGCGGUCUCCCAUCUUCAAGCAGAAACCCAGGAAUUCGAUGAAAAGCAGCCAGCAGCCGACCGAAAAAUACAAUGAAUCGUUCGUGGGUUGUCUUUAAUGGCUUCAUUCAUAAAGAACUACUUUGUCGAUCUUACAUAUUUAAAUGUUUUUAUAAUCUUUUAAAUUAAUUAAUGUGAAGUGAUGGAUGGCAGCUGUAUGUUUCUUUUAUGUCCCUUGUCUUUGAAAAUGUGAACAUUUAUGACUUGAGUUAAGUGAUAUCAACCCUCUCACUCCCUCUCCGAUGACUUUGACUGAUACCAGUAAGUAGUAUUCAUGUGGUAAACCGCUGAACUGUGGAGUGCUUUUUGAUGACUACUGUAAAUAUGUAUGGCCUUUGUGUGUUCAACGGGCUGUCCUCUCUUGUAUAUUCUGCAUUGUGUUAUGAUAAUAAAUACACGUUUGGUUGUGA